CCGUUGUGUAUGUAUGAGUGAAGGAAGGAGGAGCGAGCGCGUGCGUUCAUUUUGCCUGUACGUACACGUCAGCAGUAAAGACCUCCUCACUUUCUCAUCUGUUUCUCUUCCUGGUUUUAACUUUGCCGCACAUGACACUUUCAUCUGAUGCUGAAUGUCCGGACGGAUCCGUUGUGGAAAUGCCCGGAUUUAAACACACACCUCACAGCACAUCAAACAUCUAAAUCAACAGUGAAAAAAAAUGAGAUUCCGUCUGUUAAAAAAAAACUUUAUUGUGCUCCUCGUCGUCCUCCUUGUGUUUUUAGUGUUGUUUUAUGUUACAUUCGGGACUAAUGAUGGAAGUAGGGAGGAAACUAGAAAAGAGGCAACACAGGCAGAGGGUCUGAAUAAAUUUGAAUUUGGCACCAUCCUUAGUAUGCGUACUUCAGUCUAUGACAGCAACUACAAGCAGUUGAUUCAGAAUGGAGAGCACUUCCCCUUCGAGCCAGAGAUGGCCAUCGUCGUACAGGUGCACAACAGACCGGCUUACCUUCAAAUGCUCAUACGCUCUCUCCAAAAAGUUGAGGGCAUCCACAAAGCGCUCGUGAUAUUCAGUCACGAUUAUUUCUCGGAGGAAAUUUCCAACAUGGUCAAGGAAAUCACCUUCUGUAAGGUACUGCAGAUAUAUUUCCCCUACAGCACGCAACUGUAUCCCAGCGAAUUCCCAGGACAGGAUCCCAAUGAUUGUCCGAGAGACGCGGCCAAAGAGGAAGCUCUCAGAACCGGCUGCUUGAACGCAGAGCAUCCAGACUCGUACGGACACUACAGGGAAGCGUCCAUCACCCAAACCAAACACCACUGGUGGUGGAAGCUACAUUUUGUGUUCGAACGGGUCAAGGUUCUCCAGGGAUACAAGGGAUUCGUGGUCUUCAUCGAGGAAGACAACUACCUUCUUCCUGAUUUUCAUCACUACUUCAAGUCUAUGGUCGAACAUAGGAAGACCAGCUGCGGGGACUGUGACGUCCUCGCGCUGGGCAACCAUAAAGGCUUGUCAGGGUUUCGAGAGCUUUCUACCAAAACCGAGACAGCAGGCUGGCUGUCAACCAAACAUAACAUAGGAAUGGGCAUCUCCAGAGAGCUCUACUACAAGCUGAUGGGAUGCAACAAGGAAUUCUGCGUCUAUGAUGAUUAUAAUUGGGACUGGACCCUUCAGAACCUCUCGGGUACGUGCAUCUCCAAGCCUCUUAAGGUUCUCGUGGCUCAAGGAAGCCGGGUUCUUCACACGGGGGAUUGCGGCCUGCAUCAGAAAGAGGCCUGCCGGCCAGAGGAGGCUCAGCGGAGGGUGGACGAAGCCCUCAGAGAAGCCGAAUCUGCGCUGUUUCCUUCAACGCUGAGUCUGACGGAACAAGGGCCGGUGGAGCAUCAACCUCACAUGAAGAACGGUGGAUGGGGGGACGUACGUGACCACACGCUUUGCAUCAACUACGCAAGUCGACUCUGAGACGAAAUUUCUCUUUGAAACACAAGUGCCAUUUAGAAUAUCAGGGUUACGUCCUGCGGGUUAAAGUUUCACUUUUAGCAAAUAUAGGAAAAUGAGUUGUAAUGACUAUUUGUGUAUGUGUGUGAGCAGUGAGUGUGAGUCUCAUUAAAACACAAUAAGGGUGCUUCACGAUGCCAUCCAAAGAACCUUCUGUUUCACAAAAGUUUUCUUCAGAUUAUAAAAAGAAAGAAAUGGCUCUUUAAAGAACCUUUGACUGAACGGCUCUUAUGAGAAACCAAAAAUGGUUUUACUAUGGCAUCACUGUGAAGAACCUUUUAAGCACCUUUAUUUUAAAGAGUGCGUGCCCAGGUCAUAUUUCACCCCAAAAUCAAAACAUACAUUCAUGACGUAAUUUUCAUGACAGUUAUGUUUGUGUGGUUUUUUUAAUUAUUAUUUUAGUAAUGAUUCUUAAUAGAUUUCCAAGCUGUCGGUGUAUAAAAGCAAUACAACAAAUACUACUGAGAUGCAAAAUUAUUUUACAAAAAAGUUUUUGUACCAUUGUUGAUUUUUCAAUGCUAAGGUUAGAAUAAGAGAGAGUGUUUAUUAAAAGUCAUGAAAAUAAUCUCUAAAAGAAACAAUUUUCUUUAUGCAAAAUAUAAUUUCUUACCGUUUCAUUUUGUUUGUGUUGAUUUUGGGGUGAAAAAAUUUGAUUUAUGCAAAUGCAGAAAAAAACUAUUUUACUAUUCACUUGAUUUUACUGAGAUUGUUCUGUUUUUUUUGUUUGUUUUAGAAGUUUUGUCUUCAACACACUUUUGUGAGUUUGUAAAAGUUACAUUUUAUGUGCUGCGGUCGUUUAACAGGCCUUUUCCUUGAAAUAUGCUUCAUUACAAACCAUUAACUGUCCAUGAAAUAAUAUGCAGACCAAUGUUUAUUGUUUGUCGUAUUUGUGUCUUAUAGCCAGCUAUGAACACCUUUAACAACAAUCAUUUGUUAACACUUUACAAUAAGAUUGUAUUUGUUAACAUUAGUAAACGCAUUAGCUAACAUUAACUUACAAUGAGCAAAACACUUAUUAAUAUUUGGUAAAGCUUUGAAGUUUUGUUCAUUGUUAGUUCAUGUUAGCUAUAACAUUAUUGUAAAGUCUUCCCAAUAUUUUAAGUGUAACAUUUAUUUCUUUUGUCUUCCAUUCCCAGCAUUUCCUGAAUCAAAACUGAUGGUUUGUUUUGUGCCUUAUUUUUGUUGGUCUGUUGUGGUGGUUUAUAUGGAUGUGUGACUUCAUUGGAUCAGUGCUGAAUUUUAUUGUGCCUUAGAAAAAACCUGUUCAGUCAUUUCCAUAUGGGUAUUUGCAUACUUUGCGUUUCUGCUUUGCUGUCGCCACUUUGCCUUAUUCAUUUUUUCUGCCUUACAUUGUGGUAAUAACUUAUUCAAGAAAAAUAUAAAAAAUGUAUGACCACAGAUACGUUCACAAAGUUUAGAUAUGAACUAUUUUCAUUGGCAUUGAGGAAUGUACCUAUCAGUACUAGGACUUAUCAGCGAGGGUCUUCUUUGUUUUCCUAACCAAAAAGCUCAGCGUUUUGGGGGAAGCUGGGGUCACUGCAAAACGAUUAGCAUUGGUGGAAUUUAGCAAGUUGACAAAUGUAAGAUUUACAACCUUGAUGUUGAGCCAAAGAUAUUCACCUGUGUGCUUUGCUUUGGGAAAUUCUGACGGUACAAAAGUUGGCAUUAUUCUUCUUUAGCUCAUUUUCUUAUAGGGAAGGGAUGUUCAUUUCCUUUUUGGUUCCUGUCAGUGAUUUCCGUCAUGUCUUCCGGAAGGAAAAGCUGACUUGCUCAAAUUUGCCAAACUUUAUUCUUUUGUGAAUUUUUUUUGAAAAGCCUGCAUUUAUUGAGAGAAAACUGCGCCUGGGAAUAUUCCUGUAUGAGAGCAAGAGAGAUUGUUUGCCUUAAGAAUUCUUUUUUAUUUGUACGGGUAAUGACUUUAGUUUUAAACAAACAAAUGGUGAUGGUAUCUUUGUACAAGCCAUAAUCAUACUGUAUGUAUGAAGCUUUGAGCCAAAAAUGCAUUAGUCAUGGGUUUAGGGCAUAUUGACAGACACUUACGAAGUGUAAAAUGUGCACUGGUGGACCAACUCUGUUGUUCAAUCAAAAAUUAUAAAAUAUUCAUUUUUGUUUGCUGUUUAAUUUUGGGAAUUAUGAAAGAAAAAUCAUUUAAAAAUGUUUAGGGAUUUUUAAUUGUUUCUUAACUGACUUUCUGUUUGUGUGUGUUUCAUAUGCAUAAUUCUGUAAUAUUAAUUGGCAUAUAAAACUGGAGCUUGAACAAU